AUGGCAAGUUCAUCAAGGCUUGUUUCAAAUUCGAGAAAGAAUCAGCCACCAUCUCCACUAGGACUUCCGAUUAUUGGAAAUCUUCAUCAGCUAAGCUCACUGCUUCACUAUCCUCUCCACUCCUUAGCCCAAAAAUAUGGUCCAAUCAUGUUUCUCAAAUUUGGUAGUGUUCCAACGGUUGUAGUUUCAUCAGCUGAUGGAGCUAGCCUAAUCAUGAAAACCCAUGAUUUGAUUUUCACUGAUAGGCCAUUUUCGAGCACUGCUAAUAAACUUCUCUAUAACAUGAAGGAUAUAUCGGUAGCGCCCUAUGGCGAGUAUUGGAGACAGUUAAAGAGUAUUUGUGUUCUUCAGCUCCUGAGCAACAAAAAAGUUCAGGCGUUUCGUAAUAUAAGGGAAGAGGAAACGUCGAUUAUGAUGCAGAAGAUUAAAGAGGCUUCUUUGGAUUCGACACCUGUGAAUUUGAGCGAAAUGCUUGUUUCGCUGACUAAUGAUAUUGUAUGCAGAUAA